CCGGAAGCUGUCAGCUGUGAGACCGCAUCCACUGCAAUGAGUUUUGAGUGGCCCUGGCAGUAUAAUUUCCCACCGUUUUUCACGCUUCAGCCCAAUGUUGACACCAGACAGAAGCAGCUGGCGGCGUGGUGUUCGCUGGCUCUGUCUUACUGCCGGCACCACAAGCUCUACACCCUGGACGUCAUGGAGGCUCAGGAGAGCCCCGUGUUCAACAACAAGAAGAUAGAACGAAAACUGUCAAUGGAAGCAAUUCAAGUUGUGUUUGAGGAACUGAGGAAAAAAGGAAACCUUGACUGGUUGGACAAAAACAAGUCUCGGUGUUUAGUCAUGUGGAGACGACCGGAGGAAUGGGGAAAGCUAAUAUACCAGUGGGUUUCCAAAAUCGGGAUGGUCAACUCUGUGUUUACUCUCUAUGAGUUGUCCAAUGGUGAUGACACAGAAGGUGAAGAGUUCCACGGUUUAGAAGAUUGGAUGCUGCUUCGCUCGCUGCAGGCUUUACAGACGGACGGCAAAGCAGAGAUCAUCACCAUGGACGACGGCAAGGGGGUCAAGUUUUUCUAAAAAACGGUGCUGGAUUCACACACACACUCCGUCUGCGAGACCUCGUACUGAAACACACGGUGCACCUCAACGCCCAGAGCCAGAGGACGCUUGUCCUGCAGUUGUUGUUGUUGCCUUUUGGUUUGUGCAAAGCCUUUUUAUUAUUGGAAGGGAAACAAUAUCAUUUCUAGGUGUUUUUGGGGGAUAAAGAGCAUUUGAGGUGACAUUUGUUGCCAUUUAAACAUGCAAAGGGCCUUUUCAGGGGACUAAAUAGUAUCUGAAUACUCCUGGGGAAACUCUCUCCCCACCAGCUGUUUCUUUAUUGUAAAUACGACUAGUUUUAUCCCGUUUUCUUUCCGCUGUAACAAAUUCUCCUCGGUAUAAUUAGCUGUGGAGCUUUUGGCUCGGCUGUUUUCUCUCUCUCUCUCUCUCUCUCUCUCUCUCUGAUCCAACGAGACAUCCCAAAGAAAUCCCAUAAUGCAACACCAGAGGGACUUUUUUAUUUUGAGAAGAGGAACACCACAGAGACUCCUGGCCCCGACCGACUCAGCUGGUUGUGUAAUAAUCGUGGACUUCAUGUACAGAUUGCUGUCAUCCUAUUAUUGUGCUGUAGCUUCUGUUAUAUCAUCCAUAUCUCUCUCUCUCUCUCUCUCUCUCUCUCUCUCUCUCUCUCUGUCUAUAUUCAACUUUCUUUUUUUUCCAUAUCCUGUAGGAAAAU